AUGACGGAACAGUGGUCCUCACUGGUUCUGUGGGCCGGCAAGGAGAAGACGGUGGUGAUGGUGGUGAACGGAGCCGCUCGCUCCUCUGGUGUCUCUGCUCUCGCCCAGCUCUGUUCCCCGCGCCGUCUAGCUUGCCUGGUUUUGUUGUGCCCAGGAGAAGAAGAAGCCACCGAUGAUGAUGGACUGGACCGAUGGAAGGACCUCUCUCUUCUCUCGCCGCCUCCAGCUCGUGUUCCGUCUCUGCGUGUGUGCAUGCCGCCUCCUCUCGCUUGCGUCUCCGUCUCUGUUCGUCCAGGCGGUGUUAAUUUCUGUACCGACCUGCAAGUGCGAGACCUCGAAGGCAUACACCCAGAUGAUCUAGCAACAAAGAUGUUGCAAUUUCUCAUGGGACUGAAUGAGUUGUUCAGUCCGACACGCGGUCAGAUCCUCCUCAUGACUCCUCUCCCCUCUGUUAACCAAGCGUACGCGAUGAUCCUUGAAGAUGAAUCACAAAGGCACAUUGCUAAUUCCACUACGAUGCAACCGAUUGAAGGAGUGGCAAUGCUCGGAAAGGGGAGAGGUCGCGGCCGAGGGCGUGGCAGAGGAUCUUCACCAGUGGAAUGCUCCCACUGUCGCAAGAAGGGACACAGCAAGGACAAUUGUUUCCAAUUGGUGGGGUACCCUGCGGAAUUCAAGGGAAACAGAAGUAAAAGCAACCAAGAAGUAAGUGUAAAUCAAACCGAGGUCGAGGUAGGACAACAACCUGAGACAAUAACACACUCUGUGAACACGGUAUCUCUGAGCUUCACAUUGGAGCAGUACGAGAAACUACUUGAGCUACUCAGGAAGGAGUCUGAAUCUGGGAUAGUUCAUGCACUUAUCGGUACAGGUUUGACAACUUCUGUUUUAUAUAAGAAUGCUCAUACUCAUUGGGUUAUUGAUUCUGGUGCGACUACUCAUAUGGUGGGAGAUUUAUCACUGUUAAAUAGCUAUAAGGAAUAUAUAGGACCCAUAAAAUCUAUUAAGAUACCUAAUGGACAGCGUGUUCCUAUGACUCAUGCCCUUCAGGGUGGCAGAAUGAUGGGGACUGGUAAAGUUGCGGAAGGAUUGUACCUGUUGAAACUGAAUGAGGAUCAUGAGCAUAGAAUCCGAAGUGACAAUGGCACUGAAUUUAUUAAUAAUGAUUUGAAAUGCUUUCUUAGAGAAAAAGGGAUUGUGCAUGAAACUUCUUGUCCAUAUACCCCUGAACAGAAUGGAAUAGUAGAAAGGAAACAUAGGACCCUGAUACAGGUUGCUAGAGGUUUGAUAAUUCAAUCUGGGGUGCCGAUUAAUUAUUGGGGAGAAUGUGUUAAAAUGGCUUGUUUCCUUGUCAACAGAUUACCUUCUAAAAUUCUGAAAUUUCAGACUCCUUAUGAAAUUGUGUAUGGAAAAAUUGCUGAUUAUACCAAUCUGAGAGCUUUUGGUUGUUUAGCCUAUGCUAUUGAUUUAGUUAAUGUGGAUAAAUUUAAGCCCAGAUCUUUACCUUGUGUCUUCUUGGGAUAUCCCAAUAAUCAAAAGGGUUUUGUGUUGCUUAAUUUACACAAUAGAGAUAUUUUUGUAGGUAGGCAUGUUAACUUCAUAGAAAACAAGUUUCCUUUCAAAGAUGCCAUGAGUAUGAACCAAGGGGGAGUAAGUAAGUAUUUUAGGGAAAUGUUCAUGUUUGAUCCUAAGGAUACUCCAAUAACAUUAGAAAUUAACAAAGGGAAUGACUCUAAAACUGAAUAUAAUCAACAAAGAAAUAAUGAUGUAUGUGUAGAGGACAAUACAAGUCCUUCUGUUGAGUCACAGAGCCAGAAUCAUGCUGCACAGCCUUCCACUAGACCAACCAAGGACAAACGACCACCAAUCUGGGCACAAGAUUACAUUUGCAAUUUGGUGAGCACUCGACCGAAUAACAAUCAGAUAGGAAAAGGUAACUGUAGAUACCCUAUAGAGAAAUAUAUGUCUUAUGAAAAUAUUUCUUCCUCUUACUUGUGCUUCUUAUGUUCUAUUGACUCUAUUAGUGAACCACAAUCAUAUAAAGAGGCAGUAAAGGAUAUUAAUUGGGUCAAAGCAAUGAAAGAGGAAAUAGAGGCCUUAGAACAUAAUAAGACUUGGGAACUAGUAAAAUUGCCAAGAGGAAAACAAACAAUAGGAUGUAAAUGGGUGUACAAAGUGAAGUAUAAGCCAAAUGGAACAAUAAACAAGUAUAAGGCUAGACUAGUGGCAAAGGGGUAUACCCAAAGGGAAGGAAUAGAUUUUCAUGAGACAUUUUCUCCUGUGGUAAAAAUGAUUUAA